AUGCAUGAUGAGUAUAGUGCUUUAAUUAAAAUAGGGACUUGGGAAUUGGUACCUAGUCCUACGGGGGUGAAUAUUGUUAAUUGUAUGUGGCUUUUCAAACAUAAAUUCAAGUCUAAUGGUGACCUUGAAAGGUACAAAGCUCGUCUUGUUUGUGAUGGCAGAUCGCAGGAAGUUGGUGUGGAUUGUGAUGAGACCUUCAGUCCGGAAACCGUGUAUAUGCAUCAACCCCCAGGGGAUUGCGAUGACCCGUACACCCUCUUAUUUGCUACUUUCGCAGGAAAAGUAUGCACAAGAGAUUUAGAGUGUGCAGGUAUGGGCUCUUGUAAGGCUGCAGCUACUCCGGUUGACAUUAAGUCCAAACUUAGUGCAGAUGCAGGACCACCAUUCCGGGAUCCUACUUUAUAUCGCAGUUUAGUAGGUGCUCUUUAG